AUUCUAUCAGAAAUACCCGCAUCAAAAGAGGACCCCAGCGAGCAGACCCUGCUAUACUGCUUGCGUGCUAACUCCGUCCUCCGCGCUGCAGCACUCGCACCACAGGUGUGGAAGACGCCAUAUCUGGUUAGAUACACUCACAGCGAUGAGGACCGCGAACGACAGCGGCGGACAGAUGUCUCGUGCGACUGGCGGGCACUUUAUUUAUGGAGACGAAGACUUGACCGGGAGGCACUGUCCUUACUCGACAGGAUACGCGGCGAACGUGUCGGCAGACACGACGUGGCACGCCGCAUUGCUAAGGAGUAUGGCUUCGAUGUCUGGGACUUCUUCAGGGAGGAAUCAUGCCUCCCGCUUCCGACAUGGUGUUACGAUCAGCCGCCGCAGGAUGUCGUCCAAUCCCCUCCCAACGCAUUGCCCCGUCGAUACUGGGCACAGGUGAUGCUGGGAGUCAUCGCGCGGAAUUCUGCUAUCGGGCUGUGGUCCAAAGUUGCUCUGCCGAACCAGCAGGAUGUAACCUUCGAAGAAGCCCUUGCCGGGCUCUCGGCAUUCUUCGAUGUCUCUGCGAAGGAGGCAAGUCGCCGGCUCCUUGAGCUCAUAUGCGACAAGUGCAUCGAAAACCUUGUAGACAAGGGCGUCCCGUUGGAUCCGAACGAGCAAGACUACGACUUCUGGACUAUCAUCGAGGAAAUACGGGAGGCUAUCCAUAAUCAAGGGUUCAGCAUUGCAACAAACGCCGACUUUUACAGGGUUAUGAACCAGUUCCCUCAUUUCUUUCUCAGGCCCGAGGGGCGAAGUUCGAUUCCGAUGUCGCUGGUUUACGUAUUUGUGGCAGUUGCUCGGCGCCUUGGGAUACAAGCGAGCUCCACUAACUUCCCUGGUGUCGUCCAAGCUCACAUCCAACCUCCCAACGGCGAACGGGCGAAACUUCUGGACAUGCGUGGAAAUGAGCCCCCGUUAGAGUUCCCCAACUCACGGCAUCACCAUUUCUGGCCAGUAAUGCUGCAGAGCCAGGACGAGUGUAGUCGCCCUGCCCCCCCUGCGCUGAUGCUUACCCGGGCGUGCAACAACAUUCAAAUGUUUAUGCAGCAGGAGAUUGUGACAGGUGCUCCGCAAUCGGCAGAGAUCCAUGACUCUGCAUUCUAUGCAGGCUCGUCAUGGAUCAUGAUCGAAGGCGAAGCAGGCCACAUUAUCCCCUCACCGCCGGACUCGAAGCCUUUGGAUUUCGGGGCUGUGCUCUUGGACACUCUGUGCCCCCUUCUACCACCAGUUACGCGACCAGCGAUCAGCGCACACUACGAGAGAAUCAUUGAAGACGAUGAGGCCCGUGCCCGAUCUGUCAAGCUACGCUCGAACUUUCCCGCCUUGAAGUUCUUUGUAGGGUUACCGUUUAUGCACAGGAGAUACGAUUAUCUGGGCGUCAUAUAUGGCUGGGACCCCACGUGUAUGGCUUCUGAGGAAUGGAUCGAACAGAUGCAGGUUAACCGCUUGUCUCAAGGAAGAAAUCAGCCAUUCUAUCAUGUUAUUCCCUCUGAGGGACAGUCGAAGUAUGUCGCCCAGGAGAAUAUCAUCCCUCUCGUGCCACUCGUGAUGAACAAGCUGAACGAGUUGUUCCAACGUAAUUCUCUGGCAAACCGCUACUUCGUCGACGUCGAGCGUGGUACAUCAAAAUACUCCACCAGACUUCUCCCUAGCACGGAGCUGAAAGAUGCCUUCCCUGAAGACGAUGCGUUUGGAGCGUCGUUCAUUGGGGCGGCCGGCGCUUCACAAGUGCUACCCUCGCAUGACUUAGCUUAG